GUGUGUGCACGCGCUCUUAUAUCUGUGCGCUCUCGCUUUACGCGCAGUUUGAUGGCGUCGCCGCGCACUCCUCUCUGUGUUCUUCGAUAAUCGCUUAUCAUCUGACGGUUUAUGGACGGCGUGGACCAGAUAUUAUGAUAGCACGUUGUCGGGGUUGGUUCUACAACAUUUAAGCCAAAGUGUUCUGUGGAAACUGUCACUGCGUGAGCUCCGAACCGAGCCGUGAGAGAUAAGAGAAGAAGUUUGCCAGAUACAGGUGCGAUCUCUCUCUAACUCCAGCUAAUGAUCACAGACACGGAUCUGGACGGCCGGAUUCCAGUAGAUCAUAUCAGAUCUAGCGCAAGAUGAAGUCUGCCGGAGCUGGUGAUGAAGGACUCUUUACGGAGAGCUACUGUAACAUCUGCAAUGCUCAGCUGAUCUCCGAGUCCCAGCGUGUGGCACACUAUGAGAGCAAGAAACACGCCAACAAAGUACGUCUGUUCUACAUGCUCCACCCAGAAGAUGGAGGUCCACCAUCCAAAAGACUGAGACCAGACAAUCCGGACAGCGCAGAGAAUGAGGUGGACAGAAACAAAUGCUGUACGCUCUGCAACAUGUUCUUCACAUCUGCCAUCGUGGCUCAGUCGCACUACCAGGGCAAAACGCACGCUAAAAGAGUUCGCUUGGUGCUGGGGGAAACGCCAAGUCUGCCAGCAUCCACAGAUUCAGCCCCGCCCACUCCUCUGACCACAGACCCGCCCCCUCCCUCGUGGCAGCCGCUGGCCAAUCAUGGUGAGGCAGGCAAGUACUGCUGCUUGUGUGGCGCCUGGUUCAACAACCCACUGAUGGCACAGCAACACUACGAAGGCAAGAAGCAUAAGAGAAAUGCGGCACGGGCGCGAUUACUGGAGCAGCUGGCUGGCAGUCUGGAUGCGAAUGAAAGCACAGGCCUGCGCCGGAGUUACUCGUGUAGCGUUUGCAACGUGGUGCUGAAUUCAAUCGAACAGUAUCACGCACAUCUCCAGGGCUCCAAACACCAAAACAACUUGAAACAACAUCAGCAAUGAAGAACUGGAAGUAUUGCAUCUGAAAGAGAAGAAUCAGAGCAUUUCAGGAACUUACAGAACUGCACAAACUAAUUGUGAACUCCUAAGAAAAGACCUCUUGUUUUGCCACAGGAAUCACUCACCUACACUCUCUGAAGUUCCGCAAAUCUCAAAUGUUUUAUGUUUUUAUUCACAAUCAAAAUCUAAAAGAUCAAUCUACUUUGGGAAUAUCAUCCAUCCUUCCAAGAGCGUAAAGCAAAAGGAUGUCUGAUCAAUCCAUUGAUAUUCUUCAUGUAAAAUGAGCACACCAGCCUGAGCAGACAUGCAACGGUCCUGCAACCUUUAUUUUGCCUUUCAAACUCUAUGCAGUGGCCUGCCAUUUUCUCUGCUCUUCAAAAGAGACAUAGCUGCUUUAGCUGUUGGCUUUGGCAUGCCGGUGACAAAAGAGAUCAUUAACCUUUUUCCAGUGACUUUGUUGAGUACGUGUCUCACUUGUGUGUGAAUGUUGCCAAUGAGGAAUCAAUUCAUCUGCCUUUGUGUGAAAUCUCUCUCAGUUGUGGUCAAAAACAAUAUUUCAGCACUAAUUUCAGCAAUGUUACCACAGACUAAAUGCACGUCCUGUUUAUUCACACCCCAUUCAGUAUUGCAUAGAGCAGAACAUUCCUGUAGAGCUGUGAUGCUGCUUAAACACUGAUGUCAAAUGGAAUAUGCCAUCAAAAGGAGUCCAGGCACAAUGAGUUGGCAUUUUACAUCCCCGACUCAAUCAUGGAUGAUUCACAAGGAUAUAAAUGUGUGAACCAGGCUCUGAGCUUUAUCUAAAUCUAUGCCAAAAUGACAGCCUGUAAAACCAGAGCUUAGUGCCUGCUGUUUCAAGUAUGAAUGCUCUUUUUUUCUUUUUUUUUUCUUUUCUUUUUGAUGUGGAAUAAAAAUACAGAUGUGGAGUUUUUCUUGUUAUCUUAGAAUAUAUGGUAGCUACUAAACUAAAACAGGCCUAAGGCCUCAUUUAUAAAGAAAUUUCCUAAAUGUUCCUACAAUUCAUAUACAAUUUCCAUCCUACUUUCAUCACAGUCUGGUUCAAAAAUGUAUUUUCACAAAAAUGUGUACUUGACGGUAAAACGUCCUGUUAUCUUAUUCUGUAGGACAUUUUUUUUUUAAAUAAGACUUGUCUAAUUCAUAUCAUAAUAUUCAUGUGAAUGUAAAUGUUGUCACUCAUUUAUUCUGUAGCUAAUUUGCAUCACCUAAUGUCAUCAUAAUAUUCAGCGCAAAAAAGGGGGCAUUGACAUACUGAUCAGAAAGCGAACAUUUUCUUUAUAAAUUUCAUUUUGUUCGUCAUGUAGGAGCAAAUCCAUGGGAUUUAGCAUGGAAUCAUAUGUGCAUUUUAUAAAUGAGGCCUUGAUCAGAAUAGUGUGAUAUUUAUGCAAAUCAGAGUAUUAUGGUAGCGACCAAGCCAGUUGUUUUAACAUGGUAUGGUUGAAUAAAAAAAAAAUUAAAAAAAAAUCAUUUUUGUAAAUAAUCGAUACAUAACAAUAUUGUUAGUUUUACCCUUCAACUGCUAGUCCAGGGUGUUUAUUGUGGAGUAUCUACUUGACAACGUUUUUGUGUGCUGCUUUCUGAUCAAUAUGCGACUGAAAUAAAAUCCUGAACACCCUUGGGCUUUUACAAAAUUUCUAUUAACAGCCAUUGAAUACACAGUAUUUAUGUUUAACCCCAAUGAUGUCACUGUUGAAAGUUAUGAAAUAAAUCAUCUGACAUUUUCUA